AGACAGCAAAUCUUUUUUUUCCAGGGAUGGGUCAACUGCAAUGGAAAGAACCUUCUGUACGCUCCGAGUUCCCUUCCAAGAAACAUCACCAGUUUGGAUCUCUCCUUCAACUCCUUAGUCAUGCCCAGUCAUGGGACCCUUUUGAUGCAUUUCCCUUCCCUGCUGUCCCUAAAUCUCUCUAGCAAUGCUUUGCUCACGCUGUAUCCAGCAGUCUUCUCCAACCUCAGAGCACUACGCCUGCUGGAUGUGAGCAGCUGCAGCAUCUCCUACCUCCACUCAGAAGCUUUCAAAGGCUUAGUAAACUUACACACACUGCUCCUGGGAAACAACAAUCUCCGGGAGCUGGAUAUCUCUCUCUUCCUGCCCCUUGAGGCUCUUUUCCACCUGGACCUGCAGAACAAUGCACUGAUCUCUAUGGACACUUCAGUCCUGCAGCAUAUGGAGGCAGUCCCGCAGGUCCGUCUUGAAGGAAACCCCUGGGUCUGUGACUGCAUCACGUAUCCUUUGCAGCAGUGGCUCCGGCAUAGAAAAGCUGUGCAGGUCACCUGUGCAUCGCCCCCAGAGCUGUCGGGGCAGGACAUCACAGCUCUGGAUUUCCAAGACCUGGGCUGCAAGAAAAAGCAACGGUUUCCUCGGGCUGACAACAUGACCCUGCCACUGAUGACAGUGACCCAGAACAACACCACCGCACCUGCAGGGAAGGGGGGAAGGAGCUGGCCGUACCUGGUGGGCUUCCUGGUGGCUGCUAUCACCAUCUCCCUCCUGGUCGCAGUGGCUGCCAAGUGCAAGCUCUUCCACAAGAACUUUGCUAGUUACCGUCACCGGCCGCUGCCCGACACCAGCUCGAUUGGAGGCAGCCACAUGGAGGAGAGCACCAGCUGGGACAGGGACACCUCCGUCCGGGGGCUCAGUGAGAGCCUCCCCAUGCCUAACGCAGCUGGCCUGCAUGCUGAGGACGACGAUGGCUUCAUUGAGGACAACUACAUUCAGCCAAGUGAGCAGCUGCAAGACGAAGAAGAAAGGGGGUCACACAUCUCCAUCUGAGGCCAUAGGCCAACCACCUCCACUGCAGGGA